AUGAGAAUAGGCAUAACAGAUUGUGCUCGUUAUGCGAAUUAUGAAAGAUGGUUUUUAGAUGCCCCUGAAAAAGUUGAUAUUAUUCGUUUAUCCUAUCAUUUAAAUAAUCUUGGUGAUGUUGAAAAAUGUCAAGGUAUUGUUUUAUCUGGUGGUGAAGAUGUUGAUCCACGUCGUUAUAAACGGCCAGAUCUUGUUGGACGUGUAGAAUUUACUGAUAUUGAUGAAAAACGUGAUGAUUUUGAAAUACAAGUUAUUAAACGUUCAUUACAACUUAAAUUACCUAUAUUAAGCAUUUGUCGAGGUAUGCAAUUAUUUAAUGUUUAUCAUGGUGGUACAUUGAUCUAUGAUAUUCCUACAGUUACAAAAAUUGAUGGUCAUGCUAAAAUACAAGGAAUAGAUCAACGUCAUGAAAUACUUGUUGGAGAAAAAACUCUACUUAAUGAAAUAACUGGUUGUGUCAAAGGUGCUGUUAAUUCAUCACAUCAUCAAUGUGUAGAAAAACUUGGUGCAGAAUUGGAAGUAGCUGCUACAGCUGAAGAACCUAUUAUUGAAGCAAUACAAUGGAAAAAUGCAAAUGAAAAUCCAUUUUAUUUAGGCGUUCAAUGGCAUCCGGAACGAAUGGUUGAUCAAACAAGUCCUUUUUCAUUUAAUAUUCGUCAAGCAUUUUUAGAUUACAUUGUUAAACAUGAAAAACCAUUAUCAAAUGAUACAAAUGAAAAAGAUGAAUCAAUAAAUAAUAAUGAAAUUGAAAAUAAACCACCACCACAAAUAAUAGACAAUAAAUAA